AUGAAUGCACGUGAAAUGGCUCUUUCGGGUUUCUCUUUGCACUGCUGCUGUUGCGUCUUGGUCUUUUCGCUAUUGCUAUUUCUAUUUCGCUUUCUCUCUCUCUCUCUCUCCCUCCCCCUCUCUCCUUCCUCGCAUUGCCAUCAUUACUAUUCUUGCCGCCGCGGCUGCAGGGACACACGAAAGAACAGACAACAGAGGCACACCUCUCAAGAAAGUCGCCAACCAUACAAGAUGGGAAAGACUGUGCUGACAUGCCGUAAGGGCAACGGGUCCAUCUACCAGCUGCACGGCCACAAGCGCCUCGGCCCCGCGAAGCUGCGCAUUCUCGACUACGCUGAGCGCCACGGCUUCAUGCGCGGCGUCGUCAAGACGAUCGAGCACGAGGCUGGCCGUGGGGCGCCGCUCGCCCGCGUGGAGUUCCGCCACCCCUACAAGUACCGCCGCGUGAAGGAGCUGAUGGUGGCGCCGGAAGGCAUGUUCACCGGCCAGUCC